AUGCUUAAUGGCGGAUAUAUGAAUAAUAAAAAAAGCAAAGAUCAAAUCAAAUUAUUAAUGCUUGAUAUAGAUAUAAAAAAAGAUUUUGAUGAAUUAGAAAAUCCAAAAAGGUGUUUAAAAAAAGAUUCUAUUUCUUUGAAAAAGUUGAAUUCGAACAACUUAACUUUUUUAAAAUCUAUAAAUAAUGCAAUACGUGAUAAUUUAAAAAAGGAAAAACAUAAUAAAGAUGAGAAUAUUUCAAUGCUUAACUUAAUACAUGAUGAUUUUUUAGAUGCAGAAAAAGUUCUAAAGGAGGAAAGGAUAUUAUUCAGUGAAAAAAAAAAAGAUGACUAUCAUGGGAGAUAUACUAAAGAAAAAGAAAAAAUACAACACAAUGAAUAUAAGGAACAAAAUAAUAUACUAAGGAAAGAAGAUAAAAUAGAAAAUAAAGAAAAACAAAAAAUAAUAGAGAAAUAUAAUAAAAAUCAAGAAAAUGAUUGUUAUAAUUAUUAUAAAGAGGAAGAAAAAACAGAAUUAAUAACAGAAGUAAAUGAAGUAUACCUAUUUAAUGUAAACAGUAAAAAUAAAAAAUCAACAUUCAAUGAAGAAAAUGAUGAAAAUAAACUAAAUGAAUUAUCACAUGCAUAUGAAAAUAUUUUAAGUACGCAUGAGAAUUAUCAUGGGCACCUUUUAGAUAUUGAUGAUAUUACUUUUCAUUCAUUGAAUAAGUUAAACAAUAAAUACUUAAUAAAUGAAGAUGAAAAUGAAUUAUCUAAUGAAAAUAUUUAUGAAGAGGGAUGCAGAAAACAAUCAGAAACCCUUUCUUCAAAAAUUAAUGAUUCUUUUUAUAAUAAUUUCUGUAAAGAAAUAAAUAAUAGUAAAGGAUAUGAACAAGAAGAUAUAAAUGAUUCGCUAAAUAAUUUUUCUUUUUUUAAUUAUGAAGACCAUUUAAAAAAUAAGGAUGACAUUAAUAGAUAUUUAAAAAAUAAUAUUUUCUCUCCUUUAAUAAAUAAGUGGAAUGAACAAAAAAUUAACAAAAAUGGAAAUUAUGAAAUGAAGGAAGAAAUAAAUUAUGAUAUCACAUUUAAUAAUUUAAAUACAUAUAAGAACUCAAUUGGUAAUAUAAAAAGCAUGAAAAAUGAGCAUAAUGUUAAAAGUGACAUAAACUAUUUUAGUAGCAUCAAUAAUAAUACAUCUAAAAACACAGUAAAUAAAACAUACUAUAAUUUAAAGGAUAAUAUUUCAAAUAAUUUACCUAAAAAAUUCUCUUCAUGUAUAAACGAACAAAAAACACUUAAUAAUAUAUGCUAUCGUAAUGAAAUAAGCAAUGAAGAAUCUUUAUAUUUAAUGAAUUAUAUAAAUAUUCUUGCAAAUAAUGAUAUUGAAGUAGAGAGUAGAAACAUGAAAUUAAAAGAAAAAGAUACUAAUGAAGAAAAUGAAGAAUUUACGAAUUUAAAUAGUAGUAUUUCAUUAGAUACCUUAAAUUAUUUGUACAAAAAAUAUAAUGAAUACACAUGCACAAAUAAUAAUUAUGAUGAAGACAUUAUUAGUAACAAUGAAAAUAAAAUUUUAUCUAAUGUGAAAGUUGAAGAUUCAAAAAAAAGAAAAGAAAAGAAUUAUUAUUCAUUUUAUGAUAAAUUAGAAUGCAUGAACAUAUUAAAUUAUGAUUGUUAUAAUUUAAAAAAUGGAAAAAAUAAUGUUGAGAUAAAUUAUAUUAAUGAGAAAAAAGAAAAUGAAUAUGACAAUGAAAUGAAAGAUAGUAAUAAAAAACAUAUAUCAACAAGCGAAAGAGGUGUAGAAUAUUUCAAUAAUGAACAAGAAUUAUCUUAUAUUAGUAAUAAUAAUAAAAAAGAUAAAUUAAACACAAAAAAAUUAAAUUACAAGGAUAUCUUUAGUAGAAAUGUUAGUGAAAAUAGUGAGUCAUUAUAUAUUAAUGAAAAAACAAAAAAUUACAAAAAAAAUGAAUCUUGUAAUAAUAACAAAAAUUAUAUAAGAGUAAGAAAAUAUAAAAACGUGAAAAAAAAAUUGAAAAACAUGAAUUUUUUUUUAUUUUGUGGAGAAGAAAUAUCCAGUAAUAAUUUAGAUGUAUAUGAAAAAAAUAAUAUUUCUUCAGCUUUUUAUAAUAAAGACAAUUUAUUUUUUGUAUCAUCAAACAAUCAAAAUAAAUUAAAUUAUAAAAAUAAAAAUUAUAUGUGCGAAUAUUCAGAAACAGAAACUUCUUUUUUAAAUGACAAUGAAAAAAAAAACAUUAACAAGCAAGGUCAAAAAUUACAGAAAAAGUUGAAUGAUUUAAAAAAAAAAGAGAGAGAAAAAAAAGAAACAGAACAAAAAAAAAAAUAUCAUUCAUCACUAAAAGAAGAAAAAGAAGAUAGUAUGGAGCAUAAAAAAAACAAGAAAAUUUAUAACAACAUAUAUAAUGAAAAAAAUGAAGAAAAUAUGGAAACUCAUAAAAAUGAGGUAGUGAAUUAUAAUAAUCUCGUAUUAUGUAAAAAUAAAAGUACAAAUAAGGAAAAUUUUUUAAAAAAUAUAUUAUAUAUUAAUAGGAAAAGAGUAAGUAAUAAUGAUAAUGUUUCUGACUGUAGUAUAUAUAGUAAUAAAUAUAAAAAAAAUUUAAAUAAUAGUAGUAGUAGUAGUAGUUCUAAUGUUUUAAAUAUCAAUAAUACUAGUCUUAUUAGAAGUAAAAGUAAAAAUUCAAUUAAUCAAAAAAAGAAUGGAAAUAUAGAUAAGGAUUUACUUAAUAAUAAUAAAAUGGAAAUUUUUUGUUAUGAAAAAAUAUUCAAAUUAAAGGAAAAAGAUUAUAUUUACGAUGUACUUUCAAAUAAAAGCAAUAAUAGUUAUUUCAAUAACAAUAAAAUGAAACUUUCUAAUAAAGAUUGCAACAAAAAUGUAAAUACUUUUUGCAUUAGAAUAGAAAAAAAAGAGAAAAAAAAAAAUAGUUCAAAUGAAAAUAGUUUUUCUUUUUUACAAAAAACUGAGAAAAAUUCUAAUAGAAACGAAGAAAAUAUAGUAAGUCUAUGCAAUUAUAAAAGUAAAUAUAAAAAAAAGAAUAGUGAUAAUAAUUGUAUAUAUGAUAGUAAUUCUCAUAAUAUAUUUACACACUGUGGUUAUGUUAAUAAAUAUGCAAAUAAUAAUUUUUGCUAUGUUGAAGAAAUAGAAAAAAGUCACAACUUAUUUAAAGAAGAAAUAAAGGAAAGCAUAAAUAUUAGGAAUAAAAUAAAAACAUAUAAACACAAAAAUAUACUAGAAGUUAAUGCAAAUCUUUUAAAAUACUUGAAAAGUAAUUUUGAAAAAAAUAAGUACUAUAAUAAUAAUAACUUAAUAAUGAAUUCAAAUAAGCAAAAAGAUGUGAAAAAUAAUCUAUUUGAAAACUUCGAUUCAUUUUUUUGCAAAUUCAAGAAUACUGACAAGAAUGAAGAACAUUUAAAUAAGGAAUCUUUUAUGUGUAAUACAGGAUACAGUAAUAAACAAAAAUCACUUGAAAACAUACACAAUCCACACGAAGACAAUAACACAGUUAAUAUAAAAAAUAAAAUAGCAAAUAAUCAUAUUAAAAAAUGUAGUAAUAAUAAUAUUAAUAGUACUACAAAUACUACUAUUGCUAAUAAUACCAAUACUCAUAUUAUUACUGCAACCAACAAUAAUAAUAAUAGAAAUGAUAAUAUUACAACUGAUAAAAAUACUAGUACUGCUAUUAAUAAUAGUAGCAAAAAAAUUACUACAAUUAACAAUAAUACUAAUAAUUAUAGUCCUAACACUAAUAGUAGUAGUAGAAAUAAUACUGUUAAUAAUUAUAAUAAUAAUAACAAUAACAAUAAUGAUAAUAAUAAUAACAAUAACAAUAAUGAUAAUAAUAAUAACAAUAACAAUAAUGAUAAUAAUAAUAAUAAUAAUAAUAAUAAUAAUAAUAAUAAUAAUAAUAAUAAUAAUAAUAAUAAUAAUAAUGAUGGUAAUAAUAAUAAUAAUAAUAAUGAUGAUGAUGAUGAUAAUAAUAAUGAUGAUGAUGAUGAUGAUAAUAAUAAUAAUGAAAAUAAUAAAAAUAGUGAUAGUAACAGUAAUAGUGAUAAUAAUAGUAAUAGUGAUAGUAAUAGUAAUAAUAAAAAUAAUAAUAAUAGUGAUAGUAAUAGUAAUAGUGAUAGUAAUAGUAAUAAUGAUAGUAAUAGUAAUAGUAAUAGUGAUAGUAAUAGUAAAAUUAAUACUAAUAGUUAUAAUAAUAAUAAUAGUAAUACUAAGAAUAGUAAAAAUAAUGCCAAUAGUAGUAAAAAUUGUACUAAAAAUAGUAAAAAUAAUACCAAUAGUAUUAAUAAUAAUACUAAUAGUAUUAUUAAUAAUACUAAUAGUAAUAACAUUAAUAAUAAUAUAAGAAAUAAUAAUAAUAUAAUCAAUGAUAAUACUAAUACAGCUAAUAAUGAAACCAUUUUAACUAAUAAUGAUACUAAUACAAAUAAUACUCAAAUUAAUAUUAAUACUAAUAGAACUAAUAAUAACCCCAAUAAUAAUAAUAUUAAUAAUAAUAAUAGCAAUACUAUUAAUGAGAAUAAUUAUAUUAAUAGCAAUAUAAACUUGAAUGAAAUUAGCAAUAAUAUUACUAAUAAUAAUAUAACUAAUACUAAUACUUCUACUAAUAGUAGUAUUGAGAUAUUUUUUAAAAAUAAUACUAAUUCUACUAUUUCUAAUAAUAAUAAUGAAAGUAAUAGUAGUAGUAAUAAUAAUAAUAAUUUUAAUACAACUAUCAACAUAAAUAAUAUUAAUAGUAAUGAUUACAAUAUAAAUGGCAAUAUUAGUAAUCAUGAAACUUUUUUUUCAUCUGAAGUAAAAGAUUUAAUUGAAAAAAAUAUAAGAAAUGAAACAAUAUUAAAUGAAGAAGAUCUAGAAUCAUUUGAGCAUAUAAAUGAAAAUAUAAUUUUAACGAUGCAAUGGAAUAUUAAAAAAGUAUCCUUAUUAUAUUCAAGUGAAAGCAAUUUUGUGGUUUCACCUGAAUUUAAAACAGAUACAAAUAUAAAUGAUUUUUUUAUUUUGUUAAAUAUAAAUAAUGAUUCUGAUUUUUCAUAUGAAAAUUCAAUAGGUAUUUUAUUUUCUUAUACUGGAUUUUGUGACGUUAUAUUUUCAGUAAGUUGUGGUGAAUAUAAAAAAAAAAAUGCCUCUUAUAAUUUUUCAAUUUUUCCUUGGUUUGGUUAUGAUAAUUGGGGUAUCCUAAAAAAUUGUGUGAAAAAUGAUAAAAUAUCUAUUACUGUUGAUAUUCAUAAAAUAAUAAAAAAAAAUUGCAUAAAAGAUAUUUUUUUAAAUAGCAUUAUUUCUAAAAUCAAAAAUGAAAAUAAUAAUUUAAAUUGUAACAAAUUCACUAAAGAAGAUAGUAAUAGUUAUAAAGUAACCUAUAUAAAUAAUAAAAUUAGUAACAAUAAUAAUAUGUUAAAUGAUAUGAGUAAUAAUUUGAAUGACAUAUAUAAUAAAUUAGUUAAUGUAAAUAGUAAAGGAAAAGAUAUAGUAGAAAAUAAAUUAGUCCCUAAUGAUAGAUAUGAACUAAAUUUUUUUAGUAGAAAUAUUGAGAAUAAUAACGAUAGAGAUACUAAUAGUAAUGAAAAAAUUGAUCAUAUUACCAAAGAUAACUUUAAAUAUGAUAAAAAUAGUAAUUGCUUAUUUCAGAUGGAAAAAAAUGAAAAGAAUAAUUUGCUAUAUAUGAAAUUACGCUCAGAAAUACCUGAUAAUAGUAAUAAUAAAUAUUCAAAAGUUCAUGAUUUUUAUAUGAACAAAACAAAUAAUGAAUAUAGAUUUGAAAACAUUUUUAAUAGGAAUAUUAGCAGUAAUAAAAUGAAAAAUAUGUUACAAAAAAAUAAUGUUCCCAUAGUUUUUAAUAAAAAAUAUUAUAAUAACUAUAAAAUGAAGGAUAAGUAUCCUGAUAAUAUCUCUAAUAGAAGUAAUAAAAGUGACAAUAAAAAUGAUGAUUAUGAGGGAAACUUUAUUAAUAUAUUAAGACUUCGUAGCAGUUCAAUUAAUAAUAAAGAUUUCCAUAUGAAAAUUUGUUCUCUGAAAAACAAGAGUAAUACAUGCGUUUCAAAUAAAAAUAAUACAAACGAUAUAAGCAAAAUAGAAUCAAAUAUUUUAAACAAGAAUGAUAUGGAUAAUAUUUUAAAUGAAAAGGAGAAUUUAUUAAAAAAACAGGAUUACAUAAAAAAAUCAUUUGAAAAUAUACUUAAUAAUAAUAAAUCAAAUUUUGCAUAUAAUUAUAAACUAAAAGGAAUAAAUAACUUUAUGCAGGAAAGUAAUAAUUAUAAAUGCAAUAGUUUUGAUCAUAUAAUUUUUAAAAAUGAUGAAGAUAUGGAUAAGAAGAAUAAAAAAUUAAAUGAUCAAAUUACAUUUGAAAACUUAAAUAAGAACAAACUUAUAUACAUAAAAAAUCAAAAUAAUAAUAUUGUUAAUUCUUUUGACACCAAAAAUAAUAAAUUAAAUAAUAUAAAUAAAUUUUUUAUGAUGAAAAAAAAUAACAUUAUUUCCAAUAAGUUUAGGAAAAGUGAGUUAUAUUUUAUGUUACAAAAUAAUAAUAUCGAUUACGGUUCUGCUACGAUUAAUAAUAAUAGUAAUGAUAAUAAUACAAAUAUUAUCACUACUACUAAUAAUAACAGUAGUUAUAGUAGUAGUAGCGGCAGUAGUAAUAGUAACAGUAAUAGUAAUUGUAAUAGCAACAGUAAUAGUAAUAGUAAUAAUAAUAAUAAUUCUAAUAGUAAUAAGAAAAAAGACAAUAAUAUUACUAUUACAAACAAUUAUAAUAGUAAUAGUAAUAGUAAUAAUAAUUAUUAUUAUAAAAAAAAAUAA